AUGGCGUCUCACACAGCGCCGCCCGAGGUCAUCGACCUGGAAAAUGCGAAUCACACCAAUCCGCAGGCUCCAGAGACACCCUCCAACCUCAAAAACCGCUCGAAAAGAAGACAGCGUACCUUCACCAACGAGGUACCACCAGUCUUCAAACUGGGAAACAAAGCACACACCAACAUCACCAACCCAGCGAUAAAGGCCUUCAAGACCAAACUCGCUGAGUACGAACACGCCGAAAGAAUUCAGCGUAAGGUCAUGAUUGGCCUGGUAGAUGCAAUCGACAGAUACAUUGAUUUCUUCGCCGCGGGGGAUGAACGAACUGCAGCCAGGAAACUGAGCACCAGAGUCGUAGAAAUCCUCACACUCACCAUCAACGAUGGACCCAACUCAUCGUCGAGCCCAUCAUAUACACCACCAGCAACAAGAAACGCAGCUUCUACAAAAACACAAACCACUAAAACAUACACGGGGAUCCUCAAGACCCCCAAAACAAAUCAAAACGGAGCAGGCCGAGAGAAUCCACCCACACUUCAAGAGACCCCAUCAAAAGCCCCACCCAACAAUGCACACGCCAAACAACAAGCGACACGAACUGCCCGGAGCACGGACCAUAGACUACUAAUAGCCAUCAGCCCUGUAGCCCGGAUCAGCAGACCAGCCCUAUACGCACUAAGAAGCACUUUCGUUGGAAUAAUCACGGGCCUAACACUAGCGGAUGUCUCUACCAUAUCUGCUACUAAGACAGGAUGGGCCAUCACGCCAAAGAACCCAGCAACCCACGAACUAUUUCUCACACAGGAGAAUAAGGAAAUCAUCCUUCGAAUCAGUCGAGGCACACAAGUGUACCAAUCGGUAACGUGGUACAACUACGCAGUCCCCGGAGUCCCAGCGUUGAUAUGCACACUGGAUGGACUCCCAGCCGACACUGCAAGUCACGUGGAAGCGGAGGUAUAG